AUGUUGGUAUUGAAGUGCGGCGGCAACGUUCGCAGAGUCCAGGUCCAUUACUCGUUACCAGCUGAGAAUUCAGCUGGUUCAUCCGUGCAACGAACACGUCAGCUUAUUUGGUCGGUGGCCUCCCUCGAGGACAUUUUGCUUCGCGAGGAAUCCAUUCCAGAGUUCUCAGUGACCAUCUGGCGUCUGUCCUUCUCAUUAUAUGACCAGCCCAUCGAUGCUUUGCCUUAA